AUCUGGUAGCUGGGGGAUUCAAAGCUUUCUACUUUUACACUAGCAGAGGAGGUCGAAUAGUUGACAAAAAACUUCAAGUCGCAGUGAUGCCUGAUGUGCUGCGACUCGGCCACAAUAUUGGAGGAAUGCGCUUUGGUCGCUCGCAGUGGGUGGAGUUAGAAAGUGAACGAGCGCUGCCUACCAAACAGAGAGAGGAGAAGGAGGAGAGAGAGAAAAAGGAAAGAGACGGGUGGGCAGGCUGUUCACCGUAAACGAUGGUUGUCGGAUAGAGUCUUGAAGACCUAAUGAAACUGGCUGGUUGAAUUGUUUGCAGCGAUUAUAGAGCUCCGUAGCCCGGCGUGCUCUACAGCUCUCGGAUCCCUGGAUGGAAAAACUGCAGCAGCACGCAGAUACAGAGUUUAAAAAAGAAGAAUAAGAGGACUUGCUUAAAACCUAUAUAUUAUUUUACUAGCGUUUUUUUCACCCUUCAUUUUACCUACCAGUAAGCCUUUUUCACGUCAGCAGCAACUCUUUCGCAGCGGACAGGACCGUUUCAUGUUCGGAGCAAGACCAGCCUCCCACUUGGACCCAAUACCGGCCUCCCGCACUCUUCUGGCGGGCUCAGAAGCAGCAGUUCCCGGUGAGAAGAGAGGACCAGGCGCAGCUCAGUCAUUAGGAUUUCCUCCAGGAUUUGUUGGGGAGGGGAGGGGGUUCGCAGUCUGUUUGUGGGGGAAGGCAUUUGCUGGGAUGUUUGAGUCGCGUUGUUUGGUGGGGUGAAGGGACCGAGAGAGUGGCCGGAGAGACCAAAGGGACGGAGGCCGAGAGAGGAGCCGAGAGCAUGGCUCUGGUAGUGCUGUCUCUCUGGGUGCUAACGAGUCUCACCUGGGCGGACGUGGUCCCGGUGUCAGCCAACAGGCAUUCCGUUUACUGGAACAGCUCCAACAUACAUCUGCGUAGGGAGGGCUACACAAUGCAGGUGAACGUCAACGACUACCUGGACAUCUACUGCCCUCAUUACAAUGACAGCCAGCGCAUGGUGGGCACCGGCGAGCAGUACGUCCUCUACAUGGUCAGUUACCGCGGUUACAGGAACUGCGACCCCCAGCUGGGCUUCAAGAGGUGGGAGUGUAACCGACCCCACGCCCCCCACGCGCCCAUCAAGUUCUCUGAGAAGUUCCAGCGCUACAGCGCCUUCUCGCUGGGCUACGAGUUCCACGUUGGACAGGAGUACUACUACAUCUCCACGCCCACCCACCAUCACGGCCGCAGCUGUCUGAGACUACGAGUAUACGUCUGCUGCUCCACGGCCUCUGACGUGGAUGAUGACCCAGAGCCUACAGAACCAGACUACACGCUUAGACCAGGCCUAAAAAUUGACGAUAUUGAUGAAUUUAACCCUUUUGUUCCCAAGCUGGAGAAGAGCGUUAGCGGAAGCAGCCCAACCAGGGAUCGCCUUCUCCUCACCGUGACGAUGCUCCUUCUGGCCGCUCUCUUCAUCUCCUAGCAACGGCCAUCCCAUCAGCGUCACCAUGCCAACUAGCCUUGGGAGGGCGUACAGUAUCAGUGGGUGGGAGAG